AAUGCUACCUUUUAGUCAGAAAUUCUUCUAAGAUUUGGAUUUCAUACUCUCCCUUCCUCAGUUCCGACCUUCACUUUUGCUCCAUGUAGUUCUAGUUGUACUCGUUGUAAUCACAAGAAAGAAAUUGUAAUUUUCUUUUCUUAUUACAACAAAAAAGAAAGAUACAGAAGAAGAAGAAAAGAUGGCGGAGAAGGUGACAGUGAGCAUAAAAGAGUCCACGAUGGUUAAGCCAGCAGAGGAGUCGACGCCCCGAGGCUCGCUGUGGCUCUCCAACUUGGACCUACAAUAUUCGCCCUAUCACACGUCAAAUGUUUACUUUUACAGAUCAAGCGGUGACGAGAACUUGUUUGACCUAGUAGUGCUCAAGCAAGCCCUCAGCAAGGCCCUUGUGCUCUUCUACCCCAUGGCCGGUCGCUACAAGCUCAACGACGAGAAUGGCCGUAUGGAGAUUGAUUGCAAUGCGGAGGGAGUGCUCUUUGUUGUAGCGGAGAGCAUCUCUGCCAUUGAUGAUUUUGGUGAUUUUGUGCUCAACCCCAAUCUUCGUGAGCUCAUCCCCGGUGUUGAUUACGCUAGUGGGAUAUCCUCAUUUCCCAUUUUUGCGUCACAGGUCACGUACUUCAAAUGUGGUGGAGUGUCACUUGGUGUUUCCAUGGACCACCGCGUAGCAGAUGGAUUUUCUGCUCUCCACUUCGUGAAUACAUGGUCUGCUAUUGCUCGUGGUGAUGUCUCAAAGAUUAAUCCGCCCUUCAUGGACAGGACCUUACUUCGUGCCCGAAACCCACCUCAGCCUGCAUUCCACCACAUUGAAUUCGAAACUAGUGCAGAAAAGGAAUUAGUUUAUGAUCUGCAAAAAACUACUAAAGUUACUGCGUCCAGUUUUAGAUUGACGCGGGAGCAGCUCAACAUCUUGAAAUCCAAGUCUAAGGAAGAUGCUGGGAACAAUAGUAAUCCAAUCAACUUUACCACAUUUGAGAUGUUGGCAGGUCACAUUUGGAGAUGUGUUUGCAAGGCACGUAAACUUCCUGAUGAUCAAAACACCAAACUACGCAUUCCCACUGAUGGACGGUCCAGAUUGCAACCCCCACUCCCGGCUGGUUUCUUCGGCAAUGUCUCUUUUAGAACUGCGCACAUUGCUGCAGCAGGGGAUAUCCAGUCGAAACCAACGUGGUAUGCUGCAAGUUGUGUUCACAAUGCUUUGGCGCGGAUGGACAACGAUUAUCUUAUAUCAGCCCUUGACUAUCUUGAUCUUGAGCUUCAAACUCGUCUUUACCAACCUCCUGUCGGGCCUCGUCCGAUUUGGAGCCCGCAUCUUCAAAUAAACACUUGGAUGAGGCUGCCGAUUCACGAUGCUGAUUUUGGUUGGGGUCGACCCAUUUUCAUGGGGCCUGGUCGUGCAUAUCCAUGGGAUGGGAUGGCAUUGUUAUUGCCAAGUGCAACUAAUGAUGGGAGUUUGUCGCUGAUUAUUACUCUGCAAUCUGAGCACAUGAAAUCAUUUCCCGACUUGUUGUAUGACAUCUAAGGAGGCGAGUUCCUUUCCAGUUUGAAUCGCUCUCAUUCUCUUCAUCUUUAAGGUAGUUUGAAUUUGAAGUUGUGUAUUGGUUUUUUUAUGUUGCUUGAUUGAGUAUUGUAAGCUUUGUUUCCAAGGUAAUAAUAAAUGUACUCGUGCUUGUGGUGGACUUUUUGUCCACAAUA